CUUUAUAUUCAUUUCUGCAUAUAAUCCUACUCAUCUUGGCUCCAAUGAUGCCACAACUCAGCACUAUCAAACCUUCUGCAAUUUCAACUUACCUCUGUUUCUUCAAAUAAACCAUCACAACUCAAUUCACCAAGAUUCUCCACCUCCCAAUUCUUACUUGCCCAAAGUUGCUGUUGAGUUGUGAUUGAAAUUAGACAGAAGGGAAUCAAAGAAUCUUUGAUUCGAAAGAUGUCACAAUUCGGACAUGUUUCUGCGGUCAACUUGAGCAGGCAGUGUAACAUGUGCACUGUCUUGAGCCCACAGCACGGCAGCUCCAUUGGGAACAGCAUAUCCUUUGCAGUUAGUGAUGCCAUGGGCCACAAGCUGAGGAUGCCAACUACACAUGCUUUUUCAAAGAGAUCUAACAGGAACGUGCAUCCUUUGAAAGUUGUUUGCAUUGAUUAUCCGAGACCGGAGCUCGAAAAUACAGUUAACUUUUUAGAUGCUGCUCGUUUAUCCUCAACGUUUCGCACAUCUCCUCGUCCAAGCAAGCCGUUGGAAAUUGUGAUUGCCGGUUCAGGUCUGGCUGGUUUGUCAACUGCAAAGUACUUGGCAGAUGCCGGCCAUAAGCCAAUAUUGUUGGAAGCGAGGGAUGUUCUCGGUGGAAAGGUGGCUGCCUGGAAAGAUGAGGACGGAGAUUGGUACGAGACUGGUCUUCACAUAUUCUUUGGGGCGUACCCAAAUAUACAGAACUUGUUUGGUGAGCUCGGUAUUAAUGAUCGGUUGCAAUGGAAAGAACACUCUAUGAUAUUCGCGAUGCCUAAUAAGCCAGGAGAGUUCAGCAGAUUUGAUUUUCCCGAAAUCUUACCUGCACCAUUCAAUGGUAUUUUGGCAAUCUUGAAGAACAAUGAAAUGCUUACAUGGGAGGAGAAAAUCAAGUUUGCCAUUGGGCUUUUACCAGCUAUAGCCGGGGGACAAUCUUAUGUUGAGGCGCAAGAUGGAAUAACCGUUACAGACUGGAUGAAAAAGCAAGGCGUACCGGAGAGGAUAACCGAUGAAGUGUUCAUUGCCAUGUCGAAGGCAUUGAACUUCAUUAACCCCGAUGAGCUUUCGAUGCAGUGUAUUUUGAUUGCAUUGAACAGAUUUCUACAGGAGAAGAACGGCUCAAAGAUGGCUUUUCUGGAUGGUAAUCCACCAGAAAGACUUUGCAAGCCUAUUGCCGAACAUAUUCAAUCGCUGGGAGGCGAAGUCCGUCUGAACUCAAGAAUACAAAAGAUCGAUUUAAAUGAAGACGGGACUGUCAAAAGCUUCAUUCUGACUAAUGGAGAUGUGAUUAAAGGAGAUGCAUACGUCUUUGCAACGCCAGUUGAUAUCCUGAAGCUUCUUCUGCCCGAUGAGUGGAGAGAUAUCCCAUACUUCAAAAAGUUGGAUAAAUUAGUCGGAGUUCCAGUUAUAAAUGUUCACAUAUGGUUCGACCGGAAACUGAAGAACACAUAUGAUCAUCUACUCUUCAGCAGGAGUCCGCUCCUCAGUGUCUAUGCUGACAUGUCCGUAGCUUGUAAGGAAUAUUACGACCCGAAUAAAUCCAUGUUGGAGCUGGUUUUUGCCCCCGCAGAAGAAUGGAUCUCCCACAGCGAUGAGGACAUCAUCGAGGCCACAAUGAAGGAACUCGCGAAGCUGUUCCCCGACGAGAUCUCUGCUGAUCAGAGCAAAGCGAAAAUCUUGAAGUACCACGUUGUCAAAACUCCACGGUCCGUGUAUAAAACUGUACCUGGCACGGAGCCUUGUCGUCCCCUGCAAAAAUCUCCGAUUGAAGGGUUCUAUCUAGCCGGUGACUACACGAAGCAGAAAUACUUGGCUUCGAUGGAAGGUGCUGUCCUAUCAGGAAAGCUUUGUGCUCAGUCAAUUGUAAAGGAUUGUGAAUUGCUGUCUGAGAGAGCGCAGAAAAUGGUGGCAGAGGCAAGCUUAGUCUAAGCUAGAUUCUUGAUUAAAAAAAGAAAAAGAAGAAAUUAAAUGUUGUAAGAAACAUUUUUAAAAAGUGUAGAAAUAGAGGAUAAUACAUUGUUCCAGCUUCUUUAACUGGUUUUUGAUGAUUGAUUGAGUUGAAAAUCAGCAACUUAUAGUA